GGUGAACCUCGUCGUCUUGCACCUCAGCUUCAACGUCCACCCGUCCACCCGUCCACCCACUGCGCCUACCCCAGCCGAUGCCGCUCACCGCGUGGGAAUAAAAAAAGAAAAAAAGACGAGAUCGAUCGAACCGAACGCCGCCCCCGACGACGGCUUUUGCCAACGAGCUAAAUCCACCCGGACUGCCCUGAGUCCUCCCCCCGGCGCCGGCGCAAUGUGGUUCACUCGCUAUUUGUCGGCCUUGUGCCUCGCGACGACGUCGCUGGCGGCCGUGUCCGUCGACGACGAGGGCCAGGUCAAGAGCAUAGGGCUGAGGACACAUACUCUCAACCAGCCGUACCUCGAUUCCGAUAUGCAGAGCAGGUGGUAUGAUUUUGGAGGAGAUACCAUCAUCCGGACCGACCAAUACAUCCGGCUCACCUCGGACAGGCCGUCGCAAACGGGCCACUUGUGGUCCCGGGUGCCGCUCACGGCGACGAACUGGGAGGUGGAGGUGGAGUUCAAGAUCCACGGCAAGCACCAGCUGUACGGCGACGGCUUCGCCAUGUGGAUCACCAAGCAGCGCACGGAGCAGGGCCCCGUGUUCGGCAGCGUCGACAAGUUCGACGGGCUCGGCAUCUUCUUCGACACGUACAAGAACAACCGACCGGGCGUGGUGUUCCCCUACGUCAUGGCCAUGAUUGGCGACGGGCAAAAGACGUACGACAAGGACACGGACGGCAAGUCGACCGAGUUCGCGGGCUGCUCGGCGCGCGGGAUCCGGCACGCGAGCGUGCCGACCAAGCUGCGCCUAACGUACUUCCAGGACAAGUACCUGAAGCUGGAGCUGCACUACAAGUCCGAGGGCGAGUGGACCAUGUGCUUCGAGACCAACGAGCCGCCCACAAUCCCGCAGGUGGCCUACCUGGGCUUCACGGCCGAGACGGGCGAGUUGACCGACAACCACGACAUCAUCUCCGUCGCCGCCAAGAACAUGUACACGGAGCCCAGCAAGAAGGGCAAGAACACGCCCGGCAGCAGCGGGGCCAAGAAGGGCGCGAGCAAGAUGGCCAAGGAGCAGGCCAAGAAUGAGGGCGGCAGCUGGUCGUGGUUCUUCAUCAAGAUCUUCCUCUUCGUCAUCGUCGUCGGAGGCGCUUACGCCAUCUUCACGGCCUGGAGGACGAACAAGCGGUCGCACCGAUUCUGAGCCGAACCGGGGGCUCCUGGCGAGGCGGGUUCGAAGGGGCGGGGGGGCAGGGCAUGUAGCUGGCGCAUCAACAGUUGCACCGGCCUACCUAGAUAUCAGAGGCGCAGGGCGGGCGGCAUGCCUGCGAGGGGCGGGCAUGGGUUCGGUCCGUGCGGAGUCGGUUUAAAAUUCCUCGCCUGACGAGAGGACCUUUGUCUGGAGGUUAACGAGAUAACGACUGUCGAAGUGUGUAUAAAUAAAUGUUCCCGACGUGGGCGGUGGUUUGGAUGCGCUCGCCGACUCCAGCGUUUUUUUCCUCCGUUCUUCUUUUGUUCUUGCAUAUGUAUGUCGAUGUACUUGGCAUAGGCACUUUGUCGGCGCAUGUACAUACAACAUACGGGGUCAGUGUCGUGUUGAACUCUAAUAUCUGGCAGGUCCUAAUCUCGGCCUCCUUUUGCGCAGGACAGAAUGAGGCGUGGCCAAGCACGAUGGGUUACCCCAGCAUGGCGAGGGAAACAGUCUGACACCUGGAACUAAAGCCGAAGGGAGUACACGGGGAUGUUGUAUGAGUUUCGUGCCACGACCAAGUCGUAGGUAGACGGUUUGUGUCGCAACCUUCAUGCCACAGACGCGCGCAUCGCCAUCAUGAACCGGGACGGUGUGCGGUG